ACGAAAGAUCAUGACCAACCCCAUGGAGAUGUCGUUGCGGACACUUAAAUCCACGGAAGUGUACUUCUACAAGUAUUUAGUUACGUCGCAAGUGUUCUAUCAAUCACAACACACUUAUGCCUUAGUCAAUCUUAAACCGCUCGUUCCAGGUCAUAUACUCGUGGUUCCCCUUCGAACUAGCAUACUCCGAUUCUCGGAUUUAACCCCUGAUGAAUCCAUUGAUUACAUGAAUACACUUCAACUCAUCCAUAAGUUCAUAAAAUACAUUUAUAAAGCUGAUGCGUUAAACAUUGCCAUUCAGGAUGGUCCAGAAUCUGGACAAAGUGUGCCGCAUUUGCACACCCAUGUCAUUCCUAGGUAUGCUACAGAUGGUUAUGGUGAUCGGAUUUAUACUCUAUUAGAAGAAGAGAAUUUAGAGAAACGGUAUGAAGAGUUUAAAAGGAGGAAAGAGGCAUUUAUAAAUCUGUCUCAUGAGAAUAAGUUGGCCAAGAAGGACGAAGAACGAAUGGAAAGACUGGAAGAAAUAAUGAAAAAUGAAGCUGAAUGGUUGAGUCAAGAACUUGCCAAGUUUAUUGAAACAACUACUUGAUUCUUGUAGUGGUUGUAAGAAAGUAGUGAGUAGAUAAAUAUAUAGAUUUUUUUUUUUUCUGCGCUAAGAAAACUGCUGGAUAGAUAUCAACAUUAGU